GCCUCAAUAUUUCCUAAAAGCAUUCGCUUACCUCGACGAACUUCAUGUCUUCGUCCAUCACUGAACUAGUGACAACCGCAACAUCAUAACAGAGAGACCCUAUGAAAUUUGAAGUUUUGAAUAGCACCUAUAACCUGUGAUUACCAAAAUCAAAAGACAGGAAGAUAACCAGUGCCUGAAUUUACAUUAUAGAGAAAGAAUUAUGUCCGGGGUAAGAUGGGGUGCCCGAUCCCUCAGGUACCUUCUCACCAUCAAAAACUCAAAGAGCUUCUCUCGUUACGGUGUGGUAUGCUUGAGGUUGGAAAAUAAAUCCCGAAAUAUCUCCCUGACUCAUCUUCGGCCUAUAUGCACAACAGCUAACAGUUGUCAGUCAUCAUCAGCAGGAGGACCUCCAACGGAUGGAAGUGGUAGCGGUGGUGAUGAUGGCAAUGACAAAGAUGCUCAGAAGAAGAAGGAUCAAAUGCUCUGCCCCAAGUGUGGUGAUCCCUGUACACAUGUGGAAACUUUUGUCUCAUCAACACGUUUUGUGAAAUGUGAGAAAUGUCACCACUUCUUUGUUGUUCUGUCAGAAGCAGAUUCAAAACGCAAACAGAAGGAAAAGAGAGAAGACCCUAAAACUGCUUUUAAUCGUAAACCACCUCCGCCCCCCAAAAAGAUCUAUGAGUAUCUAGACAUGCAUGUUGUUGGACAAGAACGAGCGAAGAAAGUCCUUAGCGUAGCAGUUUACAACCACUAUAAACGCAUAUAUCACAAUAUCCCGCAAAUUAAACCGGAACCUUUGCAAGUUGACACUGCAUCUAUUCCUCAAGGACUAACUAACAGGGGUAGGGAUCUCUUACACAUAGCGGGGAUCAGUCAAGGACACGCACUUGGUGUCACCGGGUUUCAGAAUCCAGAGCAACAGCAGCAGCAACAGCAACAACAGCAGCAAAUGGACCAACAGCCUGCUCCUAAAAGACCUGUGGCAACAAAUUCUCAUGGAUCUGAUAUUUUAGAUGCAACAACCCAUAACUUGAGAUUGGAGAAGAGUAAUAUCCUUUUGUUAGGACCAACUGGCUCUGGUAAAACACUCCUAGCUCAAACCAUUGCUCAGUGUUUAGAUGUUCCCUUUGCAAUAUGUGAUUGUACUACACUAACUCAAGCUGGCUAUGUGGGUGAAGAUAUCGAAUCUGUUAUUGCUAAACUUCUCCAAGAUGCCAAUUAUAAUGUAGAGAAAGCUCAGUGCGGUAUUGUGUUUUUGGAUGAAGUCGAUAAGAUCGGUGCAGUGCCUGGAAUUCAUCAGUUACGUGAUGUUGGUGGAGAGGGUGUGCAGCAGGGAAUGUUGAAGAUGCUGGAAGGUACAGUUGUUAAUGUACCUGAACGAAAUUCUCCACGUAAACUUCGUGGUGAGACUGUGCAAGUUGAUACCACCAACAUUUUGUUUGUUGCUUCUGGGGCAUUUAAUGGCUUAGACCGAGUGGUAUCUAGAAGAAGCAACGAAAAGUAUCUUGGCUUUGGUAUCGGUGGACAGUCAGCAGGUCGACGAGCUGUUUCUCAAGCUGACGUUGCUCACCAAACAGCUGUCAAUGAUGUUGAGGAGGAUAACCAGGAAAAAGAUGCAUUGCUCAGUAAAGUAGAAGCAAGGGAUCUCAUCGAAUUUGGAAUGAUUCCUGAAUUUGUUGGGCGAUUUCCUGUAAUAGUACCCUUCCACUCGUUGACGAAGGCUAUGCUGGUGAAGAUUUUAACUGAACCCAAAAAUGCUCUUGUCCCACAGUUCCAAAUGCUGUUUGGGAUGGAUAAGGUGGAGUUAAGUUUUACUCAAGAUGCAAUGGAAGCUAUAUCACAUUUGGCAAUGGAAAGAAAAACUGGAGCCAGAGGUCUACGUGCUAUCAUGGAAACAUUGCUCCUGGAUGCCAUGUUUGAGAUCCCAGGCUCUGAUAUUGUCAGUGUGCAUGUCACUGCUGAAGCUGUAAGAGGAGAGGGGGCUCCAAUUUUCAUCCAUGGGCAGCCACUACCGUCUGAAGAAGAACAGGAGGAAGAGCAAGCUUUGGCACAAGCGAAAUAAAAAUAAACUCGUGUAUUCUUUGUGAUGACAGCGUGUAUGAAGAUUAUAAACCCACUUAUAUUUUUUAUCUUUUGACUUAUUUUGUUCUAGGAAAUGUUUUCAAUAUUUAGAUAUCAAGGCAGUGGUUUUUUUUCUUCUUUUCAUUUUAAUGGAAAUAUGUGGUUGUAGUUUGUAAAGAAUGUUUUCAUUCUCAGGUAAGUUGACUCCCUAAUUUCUUUGAAAGUAAUGUAUUUGGUUGCAGUUAGACAAGGAUUUUAAUCUGUAUGAAGCACAGAAUACUUUAGGUGAAAUUAAAUGAAUAAAUUUUUCCUCUCAAGAGUGACUGCUAACCUAGUGUUAGUAUGUAAAGAUGCGUAGAAUAGAAUUCUGUAUCAAGUAUACAAGCCAUAAAAUUGAUAUACAGACACUGUUUUCAGAAAGGCACUUUACUAAAUGUAAAGCAUGGUUGAAAUUCAUUUUGUUUGUGGGUUCAUGUUAACUUGUUACUGUUAUAUGCUGGUAUAAACAGUUUGUGGUCAAAUUUAGUAUAACUGUUUGCUUCUAUAUUUUUUGUAUUAGGAAAAUCUUAAUUGUUUUAUAAUGCAGAACAAUACGUGUAAGUCAGAAAUCACUAAAAAGUGAUCACUGCCUCACUUUCAUGUAGAGUGCCAUAUUGCCUCAAAACGCCCCAUCAUUUCAUAGCUUUUGAUUGAUACAUAAUUUUUCCAAAACCUUAGUGAUAAUAUUUUAGUCAGUUUGUAAAUAUAUAUGUAUAUACAAAAAUGUAUUAGGUAUAGGCCUUUUAUAUUUUUUAAGAGGUCUUGGAUAUUACUUUUUUUUUAUUUGGGAUCUUAAGAUGCAAUUUUCUGUAUUUUUUGGAUAAUUUGAUGCUAUGAAAUGUGUUCAUGUGAUUGACAUGUAAGCGCUGGUUUGAUAAUGUGGUAGAAUGUAUCCAUGUACUUUUUAUGAAUAGGACAUCAAGAAAAAAAGAUAGUUUAUCACAUCUAAGUUGCUUGUAAGCUGCUCAUAAUUGAAAUAUUAAUUCCUGUGAUUGGUGGUGUUUCCCCUUUUAAUGAAAAUUUUGAAAAAACAUUUUAAAAAAUUCCCUUCUCUGGCAUUGCAGGUAACUAUGAAUAUAUGGUCUUAGAACUUCAGUUUUUAAGAGAUUAUAAAAUGAGACUGAUUUUGAUUUUUACAUAAAAAUUCUUUCAAGAUGUUGGCAGAAGUUUGCAUUUUCAUAAAUGGGCCUGGUUGGUUAUGACAUAUAUAGUUUUAUGGUUCUGUCAGACACAGUACCAUAAAUGCAUCAUAGGUGGUUAUCACGGUUUAUAUAGUGGUAUAAGAAUUUAUAUCGUUUUCUGGAACUUGGCAAAACGAUGAAGAUUUUCUACAACCAAAUUACAGUGGAUUGGAGUUCUGUAAUCAUGUUUGUGAUGAGUGACCCUCAGCUCAACAUGGACCCAAUUUGAAGACAAAAAAAAAACUUUCAGCCAAAAAAAUAUAAGGUUAUAUUAUAAAAAAAAUAGCUCCUAAUAUAUGCAACUUGAUCCCCCAAACUGACAUGUACAGUGACACUUGCCACAGUUUUUAGAAAUUAUUGCUUUUUCUGCCAUGCUACUGUGUCAAGAAGAGGACUAAUAUGAUAUUAACAACAAUUAAUGGUGGGUGGUGAUGCAGAGCUGUUUUUACUAAAUACAGCAAGGAGAAACUUUCAAGAUGCUUUUGGAAUCAUCCUGGCUUAUAAUUUAAUAUAAUUAAUUGUGAUCUGGAAGAGGUUAGGGAACUACAUACAUAGUAUAUAAACAUAUUUUGGUGCUUUGGAAGGCAAGUUUUUUUUUUUCCUCUCACCAGGUCAUAAUAGUGUCUUAUGUAUAAAAUGUCCUUAUCAAUGCUGUAGUACUGGGUAGUGAGGAAAUGAAAGAAAGAUUGUGAAUGAAUUGAGCUUGACAUGAGUAGUCAGAAUUUGUGAGAAUAGCGUGUGAAUAAUUGAGCAAUUAGCUAGGGAAUAGAAUUAUUGGAACCAUGCAAAUAAUAGUUAUGUAAUGAAAAGGAAAAGAGCAUUUGAAUAUGUAAAAUGGCCAUUCUGUUGUUCUGUGUAUGUUGCAUGGUGACAUAACAGAAAGCUAAUUCAAAAGUUAAAAAUUAAUUACUGUGGUACUAGAUGUCGUUCAUUGACGUGUUACCAUAGCGUGGAAUCAUUUAUAUGCUGCUGUGUAUUAGAAAGAUGCUUGAGGAAGAGUUUCAAAAAUAUUAUAUUGUGGGUUAUUAGUUCCUUAUUUCUUUAAAAGAAAUCAGUAACAGAAAUAUAAAAGAUUUAUUUGGAAAAGCAAAGGUUUUUAUGAAAUAGAAGCAGCAGCAAGAUCAGGGAUAAGUGAAAAGUUAAUGUGUUUUUGUACUGUAUUACAGUAGUUCUAUUAAUUCUUUCUUGUGUUUUUUACUGUUGUGUGUAUAUAAUUACAAUUAAAAGUUUUAUAUAAAAGUUUUAAAGUCUUCAUUACCUCUUUUAGUUGUAGACCAGCUUGUAAAAUUGACUUUGAAUCAGAAUGCUCCACAUCAUUUUAUGAAUUUCAUUACAUUCUUUGCAGAUUUACCAAAGUCAGAUGUUUAUUUUUGGUCACUUUAAUAAUUGUAUAAAAUGUCAGUAAUAAGUAUUGCAAUGUUUAGAAAAGUUAUAAAUGCCUUUACAUGUCUGUACCUUGAUUGCCAUGUGAUGACCUUUUUUAAAAGAAAGUUAUGGAUGUGGAAAUCAAACUCUAGAACAUGAAUGCUUAUCAUCCCCUGAAACACCUUGAUUGUAUUUUAGUAAACUGAUCCAGGUAUGAUAAAAACUCAGUUUUUGUGUUGCAGGUUCUCUUGAUUUAACAGCUUAGGAAACAGGUAACCAUUCAUUUUUCUAUUCUUUCUGAAUCUGACCUUGUACAGUAACAAGUUUGGUGUAGGAUUGAUUGGUUACAUAGGCUUAACAAAAAUACUACAUAUAUGGCACUGAAGUGUUGAACUAAACAUAAUAUAUAGUACAUUACGUUCCAUUGAAAGUAUGUUUUGUGGCAGUUGAUGUUACAUUAGGCUGGUUUAAGAUUUAACACUGUAUAUCAUUCUGUAUUAUAUCAGCGUUAUUUGCUAAUCUGUCAAAGCUCUGCAGAAGUUUACUUUAUAACUGGAAAUAGUCUUUUGACAUUUUGAAUAGUAGUGUGCCUGGAGGAUGUUAGUUUAACUGAUGUGCAUUCUAAUAAGUUUGCCUUUAACUACUCUAGGACUUGAAAUCCUAGCAAUAGUUGUAACUCAGGAUCGUUGCUUAAUUUUGUACAGUAUUGUGUAAAGUUCUCUGGUAACAAUGCAUUCUAUAGAGAAAUAUGACAGUUGUAUAUCAGAUUUGGCAACAAACUCAUUUGAAAAUUCCUCCCAGGAUAAUAGUAUUGCAGUAAAACCAAAAUACAUUUUUAAUGUACCUUAUGCGUACUAAGUGAGUCCUCAGACAGUUAUGUUUUAAUUUGUCUGUAAAGUUUGAUGGUUUAACUUAUGUUUUCUAAGUGAAGGAAACCAGCAAAAUCCCUGAUGUACCAGUUUGCUAAAUUUCCUUUCGGUGAUACACGAACCUGGGCACUAAAUUGAAAUGGGUUUGAUGCAUUUAUUGUACAGUAGUGAGAUUUCAUGCAAAUAGUACAAUAUAUAUGUAUUAAUGACAAAACAAUGCCAACUGCAUUGGCAUUUUGUAAUAUUAAGUUCUUGUUUAUAUUCAUACAAGAGCUUGAAAUUAAUCCUUACUAGUACUUUGUUUCUACAGUAAUUGGUUCUCUCAAGAUAUGAGUAUGCAUCUUUGAUAGUUAAUGAAGGUAUCCCAACAUUAAUAAGUAAUCUCUUAUGUAUGUCAAUACCACUGAUUUGUUCCACAAAAAUGUGAUGAUACUAUAUUCUAAAGAAAACCUAUCCUGAACGGCUGUGCAUGAUCAUCAUGGGAUUUUCCUUUCCAUGGUAAGAUAUGCAUAAGUUCAACUUACUGUUUUAUUGCAUUCUUUCUGCCUGAAUUCUCAUAUUUUUCAAAUUGUUAUCUAUGCCCUUUGUUGUAAUGAUCUUGUCCUUUACAGGUCUUUUCCUACUCUAUUAUUGUUGGCUAACUGGUCCUCAUCCUAACCUUUACAAUCUUUGAGAUUUGUUUCUUUUCCAGCAGCUUUACUCCACAUCUCUCUGCAACUCUCAUGUGUUACAUGAUCUCCCUGCUUCACUUGAGUAAUGAAUCUUGGGAUCCUGUAUCCAAACCUUUCUAUAAUAAUUUUUUUUUGUCAGAGCCCAUGUGUUGGUGGUAUAGAGUAUAGAGCCUGUAUGUGCUUGAAAUAAAUUUGUGCUCUGUUUACUGAUAGAUACUUUUAUUUACUAGUAGUUUAGCAGUCUAUUUCCACUGUAAUCAGACUUUGUUCAUAUGCGGAACAAACCUUUGGUCUUAACAAUAGGAUAUUUUCCAAGCGUCAGCCGGUAACCGGUUAAAAACAAAGAUGGUAAGCAAGGAAUCUGUGAGAUCUGGCAACUCCUGCGCGUACGAGGUGAUAGCUGGUCAGAGACCGCACACGACCUCAUGAAGUCUUUAGUCUUUCCUUAACCGCCUUGGAGAGUAAAACACUAUCCCUUUACUCUCCUUCCAAGCCAGUUGAUUUGUACCUGUUUUUCUUUUCUUUCAGGGAGUGUGUGUGUGUAUUUCUGGAUACAUAUAGAUUCUACAAUCUCCAUGGCCUCGUCAACACGUGCCUGGGCAUUUGUGGAUUUCCCUGCUCAAGGUUUUUAGCUUCUGUUACCACAGACCCACAUACGACGUGCAGUAGGUGCCGUGCUAAUUAUUUUAUGGUAACUAAUCCUUGUCAGGAAUGUCGUGCCUGGCCUAAGGCACAGUGGAGAGUCUUUUAUAAAAAGAGGCAGUGGAGAGAGUUAUAAAAAGAGGGAACAUCGUAGUGUUUCGUCUCUUCCUUCUUGGGAGGGUUUUUCUUCUCCUCAGAUGGAUGAUUCAGCUUUAGCGUCCUCUCAGCCUAUGACGUCAGAUGCGGUGGCCGUUCAUCCCCCAGCUCUAACAUCACCUCUUCCCUAUAUGACAUCAUCGCCUACUCUUGCUGAGCUGUCCGUAGCAUUAGUUCAAGCAGUCUACAAGAGACUGGACUGUUUUGCAAGAGAGGAUUUCUGCUGUGUCUACAAAGAAGAAGAGUUGGAAACAGGGUCUCGUCUCCUACUCCAGCUAGUAAGAGACCGUGUAUAGAGAGGAGUUUGUCUCCUUCUCCUAUACCUACGCCAUCCCCCUCUCCCCAUCGUGUCAGACAUUAGAGGUGUCAUCGUCUACGAGUGAAAGGAGUGCAUUGCCUUCUUUCCUACUUGACCGUGUCUCUCCCACGCACAUUCGUGUCCAUGCAAUUGAGAGAAGUGUUUCUCCUCAUGUACCACAAGGUCGUGUUUCAUCUUCACACGUUCACGUUCGUGAGGUUGGCAGUGGAGAUAGCAGAAAGAAGGCAUCCUCCUCUGCGAUGCAUGCAUGUGUAUCACCUGUACAUCAUGAGAGUUAUGUAUCUUCAUCUUUCCUUCACGCCCUGUUUCUCCCCCUCAUGUAUGUGUUCAUGACAGUUUUAGUGUGGGGAGCAUUAAGAGUGUAGUGACAUCUUCCGUUUGUGAAUGUGAUUCAUCAUUGCGAGUAUGUGUUGGCAAGGGCAGGGGCGAAGCCCCUUCAUCUGUUCCUGUACCAGUUCGUCGGCACAAGGACAAUAAAGCGCCGAUUAAAAGAUUGAAGGCAGCAGAUGUGAAGUUUGCUCAGGCUUCGCCUAAGGAUUAUGCAGUUGGCAAGACUGAGGCUGAGGGUCGAAAACAUGAGGCUUCAUUAGUCAGUAGAUGUACUUCUUGUUCUCCUGGAAGAGACCUUAGCCUUAGUCCGUCGCCUUCAGUUAGCUCUCGUCAGCAAUGUUCCUCAUUUUGGGAUCAUGCCCAGUUGACUUCUCAAGGCUGUGUACUCGAAUCGUCACGUAUGUACUUCAUCCCGUGACCGUGUACAUGUUUCACUGGAGGUACGUGUACCUGAUCCUUUUCGUGAUCAUGUACGGGUUGCUUCUCACGAGCCAGUACGCUGUUCAAGAUGAGAUUGUGUACAAGUGUAGCUGCGAGAUGAGUUCUGAGAGCCUUCGGUCUCGGUAUCCUACAACUCAGUCCAUCCUACAACACUUGAAUGCUUUGGUGUCAGACCAAGAUGGAUCUCUGCAUUCUAGUAGGUCAUCUAAGCUUCUUCCCCCUCCUCUUGUUCAGCAUAGGAAGUACUACUCCACUAGUACAGUUCAAUUGAUGCCACGUCACCUUAACCCAGAUGUGAUACGUCUAAUACCUGGCCUAACUCUGGAACAGGUUAGGGCUGAAGGCCUUGCCUUUUCAUCUCUAGAGCUCUUGGCUAUGAGACUACUGCAGCUUCCAUCUUCCAGGCGGUCUCCUGGCUGGACAUAUGGUCCACUGCAAUAGCCAAGAUUGCUUGAGAUAGGAGUGAGGUAGUGCUUCAGAUAGACUGAGGGAGGUUUAGUUAGUCCUUCCUCUCUCAAAAGAUUGUUGCAGUCCGGAGCUAAAGCCAUUUCUUAUCUGACACACCAUACCUCCAACCUGUGGGCCAACCACCUCCUGGCCAGGAGGGACGCAGCACUGUCCAAGGUGGCUAAUUCGGUGGACUCCGAGUCUUUGUCGUCUCUCAGAAAUAGGGAUCUGCUAGAGUCUCAGUUCCUGUUUCCGAGAACUGAAUUGAAAGAUGCUAUCGACCAGCGAUGAGCAGGUACGAAAAACAGGUUGGUACAUCCAGCAGUAUUGAAGUCAGAGGCACGUUCAAGACGCCCUCCUCCUCCUCAACAACAGGUGAGGAGAUCAUCACCUUUGAAAUCUGCAAAAAGUUCUGCCUCUGGGAGGGUUACCCAAUCUCCCUCACAGGCCAAGGCAAAGAAACAACAAUACCCCUUUCAACCAUGCCUCUACAAGCCUGGCAGGGGCACUAGUGAAAGGGGCAGAGCAAGGUAUAUAGAAUAAGGGAGUUGGGUAGAGUAAUUUGUGGGGGUUGCGGCUUAUCCCCCCCAAGACCCGCACCUCCUGGAUGACAGGUCAGGGCGAUAAGUCACUCAGCUACCGUUUCAUUCAAAUGUAGGUCACAGGUCACUUCAGUUGUCUCUGCAGUGAUUUAGCUUUAUUUUCUACGAAUACAACCAUAGUUUUGAUUCUUUAUAGAAUCUGAAUUAUUAUUCAAAUAAUGCCAAACAGCUGCGCCGUGUUUGGUUGCUAUUCAAAUAGUAGAAAAAAGGAGGUAUCUUUUUUUGAUUCCCUCGUGAUGAGGGAACAAGACAAAAAUGGGUUCAUCGUUGUAAGUGAAAGGACAACUUUAACACUACGACUCACCACAUAUCCAGUAAAAAUUUUGCAGACAGUGCAUAUAAAAGAUACCUACAGCAGGAACUUCAAGUCUGCCGAUGGCCCUCACUUAAUUAAGUUAGUGAGAGCAAUUUUCUUGAUUCUUGUUUUGAGUUGCAAAAUGGAGAUUUUGUUUUAAGCGGAUGUGUUAGGGAAAUUGUCGAAAGAAGUGAAGUGACUUGAAACCCACAUAUCGCUUAACAGAGAAACAUAUAUUUAACAGGUAGUACGCAAUGUAUUUAUGUGAGGAAAGUAGUUCAGCUUCUUUCGGAAACAACAUCUAAAGCUUUAGAUUUUAUGGAAGUCUGGGACUUUUGAAGAGUAUGUUCUGGGAAAGUAUAAGGGACUUUAUAAAGCUUGCUUACUCCUGGUUUUAUGUGUUCAAUUCGAGGGUAACUUAUGACAGAAAAAACUUUAGGCAUGCUUAUGGGAUAAAACAUAGAAUGGAGAAAAUACUCUCAAACCAGGCAAUGGAAUAUCAUACAACUUGGCACGCCUCAUUGAAAAUUGUGUAUCCUUGCCUUUUAAAGUGAUAGUAUUUUGUCAGAUGUUGGAUGUUUUUUAGGAUGAGUUCUGAAAGCCAAAAUUGUAUCGAGUAGGCAAAAAAAAAAGCGUAAACAAACUAAAUUAUGCCAUGACAAUUCUAAAAGAUUUUUUUUUCAUUUUUGCUAAGCAUUUUUCAUUUCUAUUAUGAAGCCAGAUAUGUACUGUUUUCUGUUAUCUAUUUAUAUUUAUGUUAAUUUAUUAAAUAAUGUAUGUAAUAAGCCUUUGUAAAUAACUGUCAGGUCAAAUACUACAGUAAUUGAUUUUUUAAAAGUCCUAUCAAGCAUAUUAAUGUAAGGUUUCUUUAUAUAUUAGAAAGCCAAACCUUAUCAAUCCAUGAUUUUGUAUGUGAACAGUGAUCUAUAUGAAUUCAAAAGAACACCAAAUGUAUACAAGAUAACAGAGUGAAAAGGACAUAUGACACUAACAGUCCUAAUCCCCAAUACCUUCGACCCAAGGUACUGAAGUUGUUCCCAAGGUUCUUGCCUUUAUCGCUCCCACCCUGUCCUCCAGAUCUAUCACGGAAAUACCCCACAACUACCCCCCGCGACCAAAGUGACUGUACCUCUCACCCUUAUUCUAUAUACCUUGGGGCAGAGGGGGUUGUUGAUAAAGUGGAAGCCUCUCCCUCUCCUUUGCCACUGGUAGGGGGAUGCUUGGUGGGCCAGUGGGCCAAGUGGCAAGGGUAUGGAGGGGAGAAAUGGGUAGUAGACAUUCUACAGGUGGGAUACCUACUACCAUUCAGCUUCUCUCCCCUUCUCUCGGACAGACCCCUUUUCAAUCGGGCUUACGGCCAUGACUCUCAGAAGUUCAUGGUUGUCUCCGGGGUUUUACAGUCAGAUUUUCCUGGUGCCCAAAGCAACAGGUGACUGGAGACCAGUAAUCGACCUUUCCAACCUGAAUCAUUUUGUCAGGAAGAUGAAGCUCAAGAUGGAGACGCCCCAAACAGUGUUGGCAGUGAUAAGGGACGACUUCUUCUUGCUGUCGAUAGACUUAAAGGAUACUACUUCCAGAUCCCUAUUCACCCUUUGUCCAGAAAGUUUCUUCACUUCACUCUGGGAGAGCAGAUCUUUCAGUUCAAGGUCCUGUGCUUCGGGUUGACCACGUCCCCUCACGUGUUCACAAGGGUCUUUGCCCUCAUAUCGAAAUGGGCUCAUGCCUGUUAAGGUACCACAACGACUGGCUGGUAUUAGGAAGCUCCAAGGAGAAACUGCUUCAGGACAGAGAUAGUCUUCUUCAGUUUUGUCAGGAGUUGGGCGUAAUGAUUAACCUUGAGAAGUCAAACCUGGUUCCCAACCAGAAACCUCUUUACCUGGGUAUGGUUAUAAAUACAGCAGCGUUGAGGGUUUUUCCGUCGGACCAGAAGUUAGACAAGUUGCAGUUAGUAGCACAGAAGUUCUUGUCUCAACCUGAACAGACCACUGGAGAAGCUGGUCCUUCAUGGGCAUCUUCAUCUUUGGUCUCUGCAAUGGAGACAAAGAGUUCUGGUCCCCGGCGGGAGAUUCUCCUCUACAGAGAGUCCCUCUGUGUGAGGAAGUGAGGCAAGAACUUCAUUGGUGGUUCGACAACCAGAAUAUCUCGGUGGGAAUUCCUCUAAGUUCUCCCCCUCCGGGCUUCUUUCUGUUUUCAGAUGCUUCCAGCUCGGGUUGGGGAGCUCAUGUGGGAGACCCCCUUACGUCAGCCAUUUGGAGUGCGGAAGACAAGCUUCUUCACAUCAACGUUUUGGAGCUGAAGGCAGCUUUCCUGGGGCUGAAGGAAUUUUGGGAGAAAGUGGAAGGUCCUUCAGUAGUUCUGAUGUCCGACAACACCAUGGUGGUGGCUUAUGUGAACAAACGGGUACUGGUGUCUCAUUUCAUGCAUUAUUUGACAAUGGAAUUACACCAAUGGGCAAUCAACAACUGGGUGGAGCUCUCUGCCAAGUACACUCCGGGCAAGAGGAAUGUGGUAGCCAACAGACUGAGUAGUCAGAACCAGAUCCUGGGCAAGGAAUGGUCUUUGCAUCAGGUCGUGGCAGAAAGGCUUUUUCAGGUUUAGGGGAGGCCUAUGCUAGACCUCUUCUCAACUUGAUUCAAGAGAAAACUGGAGGUUUACUGUUCGGUGGUCCAGGAUCCUCUUGCUCUAUCAGACGACGCCUUCCAACACCCUUGGGACAAUCUCGAGGUUUACGCCUUCCCUCUGUUUUGCCUGGUCCGUCAAGUUCUGAAAAGGGUAAUGAGUUCUCAAAAUCUCAGGAUGACCUUGGUGGCUCUUCUGUGUCCUCAAGAAGAUGGUUCCCGGGCCUUCUGUCUCUUCUGGUAGAGGUUCCAAGAGAGAUUCCUCCAUGGCGACAACUUCUUUGUCAACCUCAUGUUGUAAGAUUUUACUAGUUGGUAGAAUCCGUUUCUUCACAGAUGGAGACUAUCAAGUAUCUCCUCCUAGCGAGGGGAUUUUCUCAAGAGGCAACAGGACAUAUGUCCAGUUACCUCGGAAAAUCCUCUUCAGCAGUUUACCAGGGGAAAGGGGCAGUCUACUGUGAUUGGUGUUGUCAAUGGGGUUUCUCUCUACUCAAAGCCUCUGUUUAAUGGAUAGCAGAUAUUUUUACCUUCCUCAAAGAUGAGAAAGGUCUCUCUCUUUCUGCUGUCAGAGGCUACAGAACAGUACUAGGGUUGGUGUUACACCUGAAAGGAGUAGACAUCUCUUCAUCUUGGGAGAUUUCUUUGUUCAGGGGUUUCAAGCAUACCUGUUCUCCAAGGGAACUCAAGCCUCCUGCAUGGGAUGUUUCGCUAGUCCUGAGAAGCCUCACUCGAGCUCCAUUCAAGCCCUUGCGUUGUUCGUCUGACAGAGAUCUGAUGCUAAAGACAGUUUUCCUGUUGGCAUUGGUUUCUUCGAAGAGUGGGGGAGCUUCAUGGCCUAAGUUAUGAUGUGAAACAUACUAGGGGUUGGGGGUCAGUGACCUUCAAAAUGUCCCGGAAUUCAUGGCCAAGACCCAAAAUCCCUCGGUACAUGACAACAGAUUUGCUUCCUUUUCCAUUCCAUCAUUGAGUGACUUUGUGGAUAAUGACUCGCAACAGCUCUCACUUUGUCGAGUCAGAGCCCUAAGAUGCUACCUUAAAAGGACGCGUCAUGUAAGUCCUAGAUGUUGUAGACUUUUAGUCAGCAUUGGUCAUUCUAGGAAAGAGGUUUCCAAGAACACUGUUUCAUUCUGGACACAUGAAGCGAUUAAGCAGGCUUAUUCCUCAUCUGAUGGUGGUUCCCUUUCUGAGUAUGUGCGGGCUAGAGCACAUGACAUCAAAGGUAUAAGUUCCACUCUGGCAUUUAAGAAAAAUUUUGCUGUAUAUAGAAGUUUGAGAGCUGGUUCCUGGUUGUGCCAGUCAACAUUCACUUCUUUUUACCUGAAAGAUGUUGCACCUGUACAGAUCUUUGGACAUGUUUUCCAUAGGUCCUGUGGUGGCUGCCCAAAAUUGUGUAAUUCAGCCAUUACCCCAUUACCCUUAAUAGAGUAUUUUGUAUCUUACCUAUGAUGAUUGUGUGGAAGAGAGAAUGAGUGAGUUGGCUGGUCUCUUUCUUUCUCUUUUUUCCUUUCUUCUUCCUAUGGGCGGGUUGAGAAAUAGACGUAUCGUAUGCUGGACUGGUUUGAUGCAUGUGAGUAAGGUAGCCAUACUGAAAGUUGGUGUGUUUUAUGAUCUUGGAAAUAUCAAACUUAUUCAGUAGCAAAUACUCCUCUCUCUACAAAAAGUUGGAGUGAGGAGUGGUAACAAACCCUGUGAGUAUACGGUUUGUUAUUUGGACAGUCAGAAUUUUCUUUGGUACCUUGGUUCCAAUGAAUCUGCUCGUAUAUCAUUGUAUGUCAACCCAGACAGCUGAGUUGUUAGAUAUCUGUUUAUCUAUAUGCUCACGGGCAUGAGACCACCUUCUCUAGAACUCUUUCUUCUAAGAGGGGUGGUCAGGUGGCUUAACUCUCAGCCGGUUUUAGAUACUUCUACCUCCCACCAAGUAUAAGUCUAUCCUAUUGUUAAGACCGAAGGUUUGUUCUGCAUAUGAACAAAUGACAACUUUUUAAAUUGUAUUUUUCAUAGCUAACAAACCUGAGGUCUUAAUGUUUACUGCCCACCUCUAGCCGCCCCUAUCUUAGUUUCUGGGUUGGGAAAAGACUAAAGACGUCGCGAGGUGGUUAAUUGUCCCUGACCAGCUAUCACCUCAUACGUGCAGGAGUUGCCAGAUCUCGCAGAUUCCUUGCUUACGAUCUUUGAUUGCUUUUAAUCGGUUACCAGCUGGGGCUUGGAAAAUAUCCUAUUGUUAAGACCUCAGGUUUGUUAGCUAUGAAAAAUACAAAUUGAUUAAAAAAUUUGUCUUGUUGCUGCUGCAGUAUUUUAAGAAUUUUAUUGCCCUCGUAAUACCUGUAGAACUCUAAUGUGUUCCCAAUGUAACAAAUGUUUCUGCCCUUCUAAGGUGUUCCAUUCCAGCAUAACACACUGCUCUACUUCCUUAUCUUCCCCAUUUCAUCUGUAUACACACUGUAAAUCAAAAUUAGUUAUUCAAUGUAUAUUUUUGCAUUCAUGAGCAUUUCUUAUGAUACAGUCUGUUUCCUUCAACACAUAGUAGUACUGAAUUCAUCCCCAGACCUUUCCCACGGCUCUACAAGGCCACUCUGCCAAAUGGUACUUAUUCAUUUGCUGCCUGUCCGGUUACCAUAAGCUUUGUAUUGAUUAAAAUUAUUCUCAAUCCUUUCCUCUUUCUUUCAUUCUUUAGUUUCUUCAUCUGAUAGUGCUCUUAAAUAGUCUUCAAUGUCUUCUCUGAUUCUGCCAUUAACGUUUGGUUAUUAGCAGAAUCAGAGGUAGUUGUCACAAAUAAGUUAAAGAAUUAUGAGAGGAAUGGCUAAGGAGAGAACUGAAAAUCAGUAUAAGCAAAACAAAAUUAGUAGUACAUCAAUUAAUUAUAUGUAUUUUGCAAACUAAACUAGUCAGCAGGAAAGAUAAGAACUCAAACUUUGUUGAUUGAGGGUUUUUUUUCACUGUAAAGUUCCCAUUCAUACAGAGAAUAGUUGUAUUUACUUAUAUUGCAACCUUAUAUAUUCAAAUCAGUAAAUGAGAUUUCUCUACACCAUAUGUAGGAAGAAACAUUUUUUGUUUGAAAGAACAUAAUGCAAUAGCCACACUUCAUUUGAUUAAAUCAAUAUGAUCGCUAGACUGGCAAUGUAAUUGGUCACAGAUUUAAUCAAGUUGCGUUCUUGUUCAAUAUGAUUGUGGAAUUUGACUGCAAAUCAUGUUGUUAGACCUCGCAGUAAGGAGGUUACUUUUUAAAAGGGUUAAACUUCACAAGUCCUAUUGUCUUUUGAGAGGUGGCAUGCCAAAAGCUGUUGUAUUGGAAAUUAAAGUAUUUUCAUGAUAAUGGA